GUGACAGAAAGGAGAAGACAGACAGGAGAAACGGAGGCGGGGACGCUGUGCCGAUAGCUAACUAUAAGCGAAACUACGAGAAAACAACAAAACAAGCGUAUUGUAACACACUUUUUUAAUGUGUUUGUGUAAAAGCGACGCUGCUCCCGAAGAAAUAGAGAGGAAUAGUUUGUCACGAGCCUCCUUGUGUAAAUUCACUGACGCACGUUCUACUCGACUCAUCCGGCGCUCAUUACAUCAGUCAGACAGGCGCUCAUUAGUGGCUAGUUAGCUUAUAUAUAUUUAGAUAGUACCGGGACCAGGAUGAUAGAGGAUUAUAUGUGAAGAACGAGCCCGACCACGUGCCAUGUCUCUGGUUUUCCCACGUCCCAACACUAACGCAGUCCACGGUAAGAAGGAUAAGAGACUGAUGGCGGAAGUGAACGCAUCGCCGCUAAAGCACUUUGUUACUGCAAAGAAGAAGAUCAAUGGGAUCUUUGAACAACUGGGGGCCUACAUCAAGGAGAGUGCGUCCUUUCUAGAAGAUGCGUACAAAAAUGAUGAGCUGGACCCGGUCACCACAGAGGAGCAGGUCCAGGAGGUCCGUGGUUACCUCGCCAAGGUGGCAGGUAUUGGUGAAGUGCUCGCUCGCAGACACAUGAAGGUGGUUUUCUUUGGCAGGACCAGUAAUGGGAAGAGCUCAGUGAUCAAUGCCAUGCUGUGUGAUAAGGUGCUGCCAUCUGGAAUUGGACACACCACCAACUGCUUCCUGAGGGUUGAGGGCACUGAUGGCAAUGAAGCCUUUAUCCUCACUGAAGGCUCUGAGGAGAAGAAGAGCAUAAAGACAGUGAACCAGCUCGCCCACGCUCUCCACCAGGAUGAGGACUUGGAUGCUGGCAGCUUGGUCUGUGUCAUGUGGCCAAAAGCAAAGUGUGCUCUGCUCAGGGAUGAUCUGGUGUUGGUUGACAGCCCAGGUAUUGAUGUUACCACAGAACUGGACAGCUGGAUCGACAAGUUCUGCCUGGACGCUGACGUGUUUGUCCUGGUGGCGAACUCUGAGUCCACACUCAUGCAGACGGAGAAAUCCUUUUUCCACAAAGUCAACGAGCGGCUCUCCAGCCCCAACAUUUUCAUCCUCAACAACCGCUGGGAUGCUUCAGCCUCAGAACCUGAAUACAUGGAGGAGGUUCGCAGGCAGCACAUGGACCGCUGUACAAAUUUCCUGGUGGAUGAGCUGGCUGUGGUGGAUCGUACCCAGGCCACGGACCGCAUCUUCUUUGUCUCUGCCAAGGAAGUGCUCCAGGCCCGGGUGCAGAAGGCUCAAGGAAUGCCUGAAUCAGGUGGAGCUCUUGCAGAGGGAUUUCAAGCUAGAAUGUUUGAGUUCCAGAACUUUGAGAGGCGAUUCGAGGAGUGUAUCUCACAGUCAGCGGUGAAGACCAAGUUUGAGCAGCACACAGUGAGAGCCAAGCAGAUCUCUGAAGCUCUGCGCUACAUCAUGGAUUCUGUUCACAUUGCUGCACAAGAGCAGAGGGUCUAUUGCCUUGAAACCAAAGAAGAUCGUCAGUGCCGAUUAGAGUUCAUAGAUAAGCAGCUGGACCUUUUGACCAUGGACUGUAAGGUCAAGAUCAAGAAAAUCACAGAGGAGGUGGAAAAACAGGUGUCUAAUGCCAUGGCAGAGGAGAUCAGGAAGCUUAAUGUUCUGGUGGAUGAGUUUCAUUUGGAUUUCCACCCGUCGUCAGUCGUGCUCAAAGUCUACAAGAAUGAGCUUCAUCGGCACAUAGAAGACGGUCUGGGCAAGAACAUGUCACAGAGAUGCUCCACCUCAAUCACCGGCGCCCUGCAGGCCACACAGACGGACAUGAUCGAGGGUCUGAAGCCUCUGCUCCCAGGCCCAGUCAGAGAGCAGUUCGACAAACUGGUUCCUCGCCAGUGCUUCUCUCUCAGUUAUGACCUUGCCUGUGACAAGCUGUGCAGUGACUUUCAGGAAGACAUCGGCUUCCACUUCUCUCUGGGCUGGACCAUGCUGGUCAACCGUUUCCUCGGGCCCAAGAAUACACGGAGGGCCCUCAUGGGCUACAAUGAUCAGGUCCCUCGGCCCAUGGCUCUCACUCCAGUCAGCACCAGCAUGCCUCCGUUCCCACAGAACUCCAUGACGCAGGAGGAACUGAUGGUCUCCAUGGUGACAGGACUUGCAUCCCUCACCUCGCGUACUUCCAUGGGCGUCCUUGUUGUUGGUGGCGUGAUCUGGAAGGCAGUGGGCUGGCGGCUCAUUGCUCUGUCAGUGGGCCUCUACGGGCUCCUGUACAUCUACGAGCGGCUCACCUGGACCACCAAGGCCAAAGAGAGAGCUUUUAAGAGACAGUUUGUGGACUACGCCACCGAGAAGCUGCAGCUCAUCGUCAGCUACACUGGAUCCAACUGCAGCCACCAAGUCCAGCAGGAGUUGGCGGGCGUGUUUGCUCAGCUCUGUCAGCAGGUAGACGUCACUCGUCAGAAUCUGGAGGAUGAAAUCACCGACAUAAACAAGAAGAUCGAGCUGCUGGACAGUCUGCAGAGCAAAGCCAAGCUGCUGCGGAACAAGGCGGGCUGGCUGGACAGCGAGCUGAACAUGUUCACCCAGCAGUACCUGCAUCACAGUAAGUAAAGCAGGCUCAGCGUCCACACGGGAGACUGGAGGUCAGAGGAGGAGCUGCUGAAGUCGACACACUGAACAAAAAUUGGAGGAAAAUGUCAACAAUGAUCUCCACAGACGAGAAGGAAUAAACAGUAGAGAGCUGACAGGAGUGGAGUUACUGAAUGUCCGUGAUAUGGAUGCAUGAUUGUGAGUUCAGGAUGAGGUCACUGUUGUCAGCAUCACACCAAAAUAACAAAAUAGAAAAUGGCAACAGGUAAUAAAUAAGACGUAACAUUUAAAAAAACAAGAAAGAAAAGAAACAGCAGACUCUAGAGGUUAAAGUGAGGUCACAGUCUGAACUCUCCCUGCAUCUUUAUUGUUCCUGUUCUGUGACUCCAGCUUCUGUCAGAACCUCUGUUCUUGUAAUUCCACUCAACUGUAACGUGACGUGUGUGCGUCUGAUUUUGUGAUUACACGUGUUGAACACUGAACAAGUGCCAUGCUGAAGUCGGAGGGCGAAGAGAGGAAAGUCGUUCAAUGCACUAAAGUGAAAACAGCUGCUGACGUACGUUGCAAAUUGUAUAUGAUGUAGAAAAAAAAGUCCAGACAUGUUCACUGAAAUGAUUCAGUGAACAUGUGCAGACAGAGGUCUGAAUGUUUAUUUGUCCAGUCACCGUUGAAUCUCAGAGUGAACAGUUCACUCACAGGGAUUUAACCAUAUUUUUAUUUAACCAUAACCAUAAGUUGACGGUACGAUAUUUAUUGCAAUAUUUUUACAGUGUCCAGUAUUUAGAGUUUGAUGCAGACGCAAGUUACGA